AGUUUUUUGCGCGUCCAUAAAAUAACUUUACUCAUUACUGUAUUCUAUUUUGUCCCCACCACCAAAUUUAAAACUAAGACUACUGAGCUCGGAAAAUGACAAAGAGAAGUAUAAUUUGCGAUAUGGUAAGUGGCUUUAAAGCAUCAUCGCCAGCAGUUAAUCAGCAGAGUCAGAUGGACGGUCUAACCGUCUACUUAAAUGGCCAAUCAGACGGCUCGAGUUUUCUGGGCAAGUUGCCUUCAGUGGUGUUGGUAAACAUCUUCCGAUUUGUUGACAACAAAAAUGAGCUGUUAAGGCUUGCGAGUGUGUGUAGAUCUUGGAGGGAUUUGAUUUACACCACGCCUACUUUGUGGAGGAACAUGCACCUGAAACUGUGCUGCAAAUGUAAAUGUUUGAACAGGAAAAAAGCUUUCUCGACAGCUAAACGCUUCGGAUGCCACUUGUGUGAAUUGUCAAUCUCCGUCUGCAAACACCAUAAAUGCUAUCCAAACUGCUGCUACUUGGCCACCGUUUUCCGGAAAUAUUUGCAAGAUUUACGUCAUCCGACACUGACGUCAAUAAAAAUAAAUGACAUAGAACUGCGAUUCGCAUCAACUAGAACCAUGUCCAGUAUCAGUAGGGAAAUGACGCGUUUGGUGUCCAGACUUGACCGUCUACAAUGUUUCAAGAUGACCAAAGCUCAAUGGCCAAAAGAAGAAGGCAACAAUCUCCUCAACACAGUGCUGACCACAUCCAGAGGAACCCUUCAAUCGCUGGACAUUGACGGAUUCUUCGAAGAAAAACCGUUGGCUGAGAAGCCGGUUAAACUUGACCAACUGACCACUGGUAUCCUAUCUCUCACCCGCUUGACGAAACUUGGGAUUGACUAUAUAUUAUUGACUGAUGACUUCGUGACUUCACUGUCUAGAUCCCACGCAGGACAACUACAGAAACUGAAACUUGUUGCUACGGGGAUUGCGGAUGAAUUUAUACAAAAGAUCACCAGCAACUGUUGGGUGAAGCUGAUAAAAGCUUGUCCAGCACUGCAAGUGGCGUUUUAUGUUGACCCCGAAAUAUUCGAAAAUAAUACUCUUGACCUGAUGGACCCCGUCUUGCCCAUCUGCAAGAUCAAAUUCUUUGAAGAGGACAGGAAUACCGACAUGACUGGUGUGUUGAUACAUAUCGCCAUUAACUUUAGACAGAGCCUUGUGAUGCUGUCCGGCGACUUGAACCACAGAUCGGAAAAGAUCGAUGCAACCUUUCUGAAUCUUGUCCGAAAGUGUCAAUAUCUGCGAUAUGUCAAUGUGUCUGGCUACUUCCUAAAACCAGAGACAGCUAAGACUGCCAUGAAGUUGAUAGGAGACAGAAAGCGAAGGUACGACUUGAGAAUGUUACAGGGGCCACCAACCAAACGAGCGAAGACAGGACCGGCCAAUGGCCCACACUCGAACAUGGCCAACUUGGCCACGACGCGGACUUAGUAACAACAGAUGUUUAUUGAUACAAUGUGAACAACCUGAAUUUGUAGUAUUUAAACCUUAGCUUAUAAAUGAUAAACAGUUGUAAAUAUCAUCGGACUCUUGGUAAAGUACAGUCAAUGUUUAACAAUAAGUGGACAAAUCGUAUCGCUGAUGAUCUAUGUUUAAAUCGUUUUUAACUAUAUUUUAAUCUCAUUUUAUAUACGACUUGGAUUACAAUAUACUUAUAUAUAUUUAUAUCUGAUUUGUUUUUAACGUUUUAUAAACUCUAUACAAUGAAAUUUUGACCGACUGUAUUGGUCUUUUUGUUAUAAGCAUAAUAAAACGUUUGAUACAUA